GUAAAGGGGCUGGUGUGUGUUGAACAGAACCCAUUGUGGUGUGGAAGAGGGGGUGAGCAGCUACGGGGACAAAUAGAAGAAGACAAUUCUGUGACCAAAAAGGGACUCUUAACAGGCGACGAGAAAUGGACCUUAGUACGCGACACGGACGCUGUUGUCUUUUGUGACGGGGGACCGUGUUCUUCUACUCGAAAAGAUCCGGAAGAUGAAGAGUUAAGACUCGACAUCCCAACUGUUUAUUUCAGCAGCUAACAGGCUAGCUGGCUAGUAGAUGUCUAAGUCCGUGUGAGUCCGCUUGAUAGGGGUUUCUGUCGAGCUUCGAAGUAGCGGUUUUCCUUUAAGAUAACGUUGGCGGUGAUUUAAAGGACCAUUUGCUCGCCUCGUGAGAAGACACAACUUUGAAGAAUGAUCCCCAGCUGAGUUCUGACCAUUUCCAUACAGAAAGACCCAGAGAGCGAAAAAAGUCCCAGGACUUCUUGCUCAGGUUUUGGCCUUCACACCCAGAAGAGAGGACAUGACGCACUGGCCGCUGCCAAAGACUGGCAGAGGGCAGCUGUGCCAACUGCUUUCCUUCCUGCUGCUUUAGAAGUUCCCCUUCUGCACCAUGACGGAGAGGCAUUGGGGUUAACUCACUGACGUUUAACACAAUACCUCCCCUCUUCCCCAACCCCUGCCCGUUCCCAUCAUGCUGUGCUUCUUGCCUCUCAAACUUGGCCGCCUAUAUCGCUGUCUGAAACUCCUGUUGGUGCUGGGAUUGUUUGUUGUCCUUUUGAUGAACACCCACAACCUGUUCGCCUCCUUCCAGAAGAAUGAGCUCACCGACAGGCGAUUCAUCAACCUCAACAAGUGUCCCGCCUGCUUUGGCACCAGCUGGUGCCGCAAGUUUAUGAAUGGCCAGGUUUCCUUUGAGACAUGGGGUCGCCUGCGAUUUCUAGAUGUGUUCAAUGUGAAGAACGUGUUCUUUGCGCAGUAUGGGGAGCCCAGGGAAGGCACCCGACGGGUGGUUCUCAAACGGCUCGGCUCCAACCAGGAGCUGGCCGAGAUUGACCAGAAAAUCUGCAAAAGAGCCACGGGCAGGCCGCGCUGUGACCUCAUCCAGGCCAUGUACAAGACUGAAUUUGCACGAAUCAACGGGGACGUUCGCCUGCUCACCCCAGAUGUGGUGGAGGGCUGGUCAGACCUGGUGCACUGCCCCUCACAGAGGCUGCUGGACCGUGUGGUCCGAAGGUAUGCGGAGACCAAGGACUCUGGUAGCUUCCUGCUAAAGAACCUGAAGGACACAGAAAGAAUGCAGCUGCUUAUGACACUGGCAUUCAACCCUGAGCCUCUUGUACUACAGAGCUUUCCAUCAGACGAAGGAUGGCCAUUUGCCAAGUACCUGGGAGCUUGUGGGCGCAUGGUAGCAGUAAACUACGUGGGUGAGGAGCUGUGGAGCUACUACAAUGCACCGUGGGAGAAGAGAGUGGACCUGGCGCGGCAGCUGAUGGACAUAGCCGAGCAGCUCACCAACAAUGACUUUGACUUUGCCCUGUACCUGCUGGAUGUCAGCUUUGAUAACUUUGCAGUCGGCCCUCGCGACGGAAAAGUCAUCAUUGUUGACGCGGAAAAUGUUCUGGUGGCAGACAAAAGGCUGAUAAAGCAGAAUAAACCAGAGAACCAUGACGUCUGGUACGAGAGCCGUUUCGAGGAGUGCGACAGGGAGGCCUGUCUGUCUUUCUCAAAGGACUCGCUUUGUUCCCGGGUCACCGUGGACCACAACUACUACGCUGUGUGCCAGAACCUGCUGUCGAGGUAUUCCACAUGGCGGGGCACCACCGGAGGCCUCCUCCAUGACCCACCCUCUCACAUAGCCAAAGAUGGACAUCUUGAGGCUCUGUUAGAUGAGUGCACCAAACCCAAAAAGCGCUACGGCCGCUUUCAGGCGGCUAAGGAACUGCGUGAAUACCUCACACGGCUUGCUGCCGCCUCCUCCUCCUCUUCUCUGGCCAGGUAAUGCACGGAGUCGGCGUUGACCCGACGCACUGAGACUGGCUUUUGUACUCUUCAUCUCCGGACUCCUGAGGUCCUGGUUCUUGUACAUGAUGUCAUUUGCUGCCUUUGUGCACUGGAACAGGAAGGUCUUGCAUCAGGAAGUGUGAGAAUCCAAACUUCAAAGCAGAUUUGUUAAAGCUCUAGCUUUUUACUUUGACGUUGCUCCUUUGUGUAGCAAGGGUACAAAAUUCCUGCUAGAGCCAAGAAAGCAAGGUGAUGGAAGUAAGCUCUGCGCUCCGAGGGUGGGCCGCCUCCUCCGGCGCUCUGCUGAACGCAUCCCUCACUGGAGCAGGGCUAACCAUCCGAGCAGCACCAUCUCAGCCCUGCUGAUGUCCGUUUCAUGUUAUAGAAAGCAAAACCCGUCUCAGAUUUCCUCUUCUUUAAGUUUGGAGGGGUUUAUUUUUCGUUUUCUAGAGAUGAAUUGGAUCUUUUGGACCAGCUGUGGGUUUUUUUUUUUUCUUGCUGUGCCAUGGCUUUUCUUCUCUAAUCGUUCUGUAGCAUUGCUGCCUGGAAGGUGGAAGUAGCAAGACUCUCCUGGUGUGGGACGGAGGAAAACCCUUGACAGCUACACAAAUAUAAUUUCAAAUCAAUCACUCUUAUUUCCAGGUUUCUGGAUUGUGGCAAUCAUUUUUCUUGUCCGUGUGUGUGUGUCCGUCCGUGUGUGUGUUUGUGCGCGCGCGUGUGUGUGUGUGUGUGUGUGUGUGUGUGUGUGUGUGUGUGUGUGUGUGUGUGUGUGUGUGUGUGUGUGUGUUACUAUUAUUAUUUGAUUUCUUUAAUAGAAACCAGAAAUGGUAAGACAGCUGCUCACGGGGGGGGAAAGGCAGCGAUAAUUGGACUUUGGAGGUCCCUUAAUGCAGAUGUGCCUAUACCAAAGAGGCGGUUUGUAAUAAGAACCCCAGAGUUUACACACCCUUCCUACCAGUUAUUUCCCACCACAGCUGCAUGAAAGAACACUUUUUUUUGAGCUGACGAGUGUGGAUGCUGAUAAUCUAUCCCUAAAGAACCAAAAUCAGAGGCGUCUAAGACAAAAAUAGCCAUAGUCUUUGUCUAGCAGGAUUAUUAAAUUAUCUGUUAAACUUUUGUUGAUGAUUCUAGAAUAAAUCUAAACCAGAAAAUAGGAUAGAACCACAUUGUCGUGUCCCCCCCCCCCCCCCCCCCCCCAAGCCAUCUGUAACUGAUAAAUGAAACCUAUUGUCUGAUUUCUCCCUCUGCUGUGGAUUAAAAUAGGCUCUGUAAGAUCAACGGGAAUAAAAGGGAAUGAAGAUAUCGGAACAUUGCUUCUCCUGCAACAGAAUUAGCUUCUGACCUGCACUCUCGUUUAUUUUUUUGUUUCUUUUAUGAAUUUGCACCCCAGGAACUUCUGUUCAAUAUUUAAACACCACUUAUAGGUUGGGAUGAUUUUACACCCAGUGGACCAACACAUUAAUGGUAACUCCAGGCUGAAUUUGAUCAAGUUUAUGAGAAAGGUUUCUUUAAAUGACCUGGGGGACUAGAAAAAAUAAACUAUCUUGUCACCAACAGUAUAUUUCUUUCAGUUAACUGUUCUGAUGCUAAAUGCUCGGUGGAGUUGCGGGAAACGGCGACAAGUGUAAAUCAUUGAAUAUGAGCCACUAGAUUCAGUGGGGAAACUGGAAAGCACAUCAUUGGUUUUAUUUUCCAGAGCUGGGCGUGACCUGUAAGGCUGAUCUCACACUUGGUCAAUAAGGAAAAGCAAUAAAUUCUGUUUGGUUGAUGGAUUUCUUUUGUUUGAACCCCUUCCUUGUUUGUUGUGUUAGAUUUCAGUACGGAGGACGGUCAAAUGAGGGAUUUGUUCAUGCGUAACUAACUGUCCACUUUUGUACUGUAAUUUCCUUUGAGUAUUAUAUCAGCGUUGUCUGAUUUUUUCCUGUGCCUUUCAUUCAAAAGUUGUAUUGACAACUUUUAGUGGGUUUAAAUAUUAAAAUAAAAGAAAUAUAUAUAUAGAUAUAUAUA